CAAAACUCAACAGAAAGCUCAGAGUCUCUCUCUCUCUCAGUACAGGAAAAUGGCAGAGGCUGGUAUUUCAGUAGAUCAGUUAUCAGUGGAUCAGUUCAGCUGUCCAGUGUGUCUGGAUCUCCUGAAGGAUCCUGUGACGAUUCCCUGUGGACACAGUUUCUGUAAGGUGUGUAUUAAUGGAUUCUGGAAUCAGGAGGAUGUGAAGGGCGUCUACAGCUGCCCCCAGUGUAGAGAGACUUUCACUCCAAGGCCUGUUCUACACAGGAACAAUUUGCUGGCUGAAGUGGUGGAGAAACUGAAGAAGACUGAACACCAAGCUGCUUCUUCUGCUCACUGUUACACUGGACCUGGAGAUGUGGAGUGUGAUUCCUGUAUUGGGAGAAAACGCAAAGCCACUAAUUCCUGUCUGGUGUGUCUGGCCUCCUAUUGUAAAGAUCAUCUUAAACCUCACUAUCAGUCUCCUGCCUUUAAGAAGCACAAGUUAGUUGAAGCCUGUGCAGAGCUCCAAAAGAAGAUCUGCUCUCAGCACAAUAAACUGAUCGAGAUCUUCUGUCGUACUGACCAAAGCGUCAUCUGUUACUUGUGUACGAUAGAUGAGCACAGAGGCCAUGAUACAGCUGCAGCUAAAGCAGAAAGAACUGAAAAACAGAAUGAGCUAAAGGAGGAGCAGAUGAAAUUCCAGCAGAGGAUCCAGGAGAAGCAGAAGGAGGUGCAGGAGCUGAAACAGACUGUGGACACUAUUAAGAAGCGUUCACAGGCAGCAGUAGGUGACAGUGAGAGGAUCUUUACUGAGAUGAUCAUCUCCAUGGUGAAAAAGCGCUCGGAGAUGACGAAGCUGAUCAGAGCUCAGGAGAAAGCUGAACUGAGUCGAGCUGAACGACUCCUGAAGCAACUGGAGCAGGAGAUUGCUGAUCUUCAGAGGAGAGUCACUGAGCUGGAGCAGCUUUCUCACACACACGAUCACAUCCACUUCCUCCAGAGUUUCUCGUCUCUCUGUGUUUCUCCUGGAUGUGACGACUCACCCAGCUUCACUGUCAAUCAACAUCUCUCGUUUGAUGGAAUGAGGAAAUCUCUCUCAGAUCUGAAAAAACGAGUCGAGGAAAUCUGUGAGGAGGAAUUCAAUGUAAUCCGUCCACAAGCUGCAGCAGUUCAGAUGAUUUUACCUUCAGAACUAAAGAGCAGAGAAGAUUUUCUGCAGUAUUUCUGUUAUCUGACUCUGGAUCCAAACACACCACCUCCUAAACUUAUUCUGUCUGAGAAGAACAGAGCGGUGACACGCAGUGAGACAAUACAGCGAUACUCUAAUCAUCCAGAGAGAUUUGACUCUUGCGCUCAGGUGUUGUGUAAGGAGGGUGUGUGUGGACGCUGUUACUGGGAUGUGGAAUGGAGCGGUAGUGUGUUCAUAUCAGUCUCAUAUAAAGAGAUCAGCAGGAAAGGGCGAGGUAAGGAGUGUGUGUUUGGAUUCAACAGUCGGUCCUGGAGUCUGCAGUGUUCUUCUUCCUCUGUCCUUUUCCGGCACAACAACAUUAAGACUGAUCUCCGAGGUCCAUCACCCUCCAGAAUAGGAGUGUAUGUGGAUCACAGUGCAGGAACUCUGUCCUUCUACAGCGUCUCUGACACGAUGAGGCUCCUCCACAGAGUCCACACCACAUUCACUCAGCCUCUAUACGCUGGGGUCGGGCUUGGUUUUGACUCAACUGUGAGGUUUUGUGAUCUGAAAUGAAAUGUUGGUAAAAGCAUUUUGUAAAAUUAUAACUGAUGUGUCAAAUUGAAUUUCUCCCUGAACUACAAUGAUAAUUUUGUGUGCAGAAACUGUAACACUCAUGAAUGCAGAAUGUAGAAUGUUUCUUGAAAUAAAGAAAUGUUAUCAAACAGAUUAUUUAAUUGUCUGCACUAUUAGGAAAUUUAUUUUACUGAUAUGAAAAAUGUACAAUGUCUCAAAAAAAAAUCUGGUUUUGGCUUUGGUAAAGACUGUUUCUUCAGAAAUAAUAAAACUUCCUCAAACUGCUGUGUCUUUCUGUGCUGCUGCUGGUGGUGGAAACACAUUCUACUGCGUGUAAAAACAUUUUUAUUUUCUAUCUUUAACCACUUUCUGCUCAAGAGUUCAGUGAAUAUACAGUACACUCUGCAAGUAAUAAAUAAAUAAAAAUAUUAUAAGAAA